UUGUGGAGGGGGCUGAUAGGCAAGAUGGUGAGAAAGGCAGCUUUUCAUUAAGCGUGACACCAGGGGUUUUGACUUUGGGAGGACCAGAAGGGAGCCUGUAGGUCAUUGCUAAAUACAGCGAGGUACCUUAAGUCUCGGUAAUCAACAUUAUUUUAAAAACAAUAUCUGUACCGGGUUAGUAUGUGUGUGUGCGCGUCUGCAUGUGUGCGCAAACACACCACACAGUCUAGAUUUCCUUCGUGGUUUUGUUUCAUUUUUUUGUUUAUGUGUCUGAUUUUGAGGGAUAAAUACAGCUUCCAAAUAAUGGCAACUGAAUCUGCAGUAAUCAGAUGUUGGAAAAUUGUUUUUCACUCGUCCUUUAUGUUAGCAUAACAAACUCAAGUCUUUGUUAUAUGUGGCCACCUAUUGUAAAUAUUAACAUUACCUCUCAUCCCCAUAUCUCCCCCAUUUACUAUUUUUGUCUUUUUCAAAGAGAUGGGAGUUGGAGGAGGAGUAGAAUUUAAUGAAGAUACAGAUCUGCGGAAGUGUCAUAUUUCGUUGGGUGCCUGGGGUGGGCAGUGGCUGCUAUUGAGAGUAUUUUACAGAGUGGCAUUUGUGGAUAAAUGCAUGCUGAUUUUGCUCGUCUCUACAUGUAUCUUUUGUGGUGUUUCCUCUUUAAAACAGGUAGAUAUAAUAGGCAAAUUUGGUUUCAAAGCAUUUUAUAUGUUUCUUUUAAGGAAUGAUUGCAUAUGUAUGAAGUCUUGUUUCCUAUCUCCUUCCAUUUUUUCUUCUCUUUUAAAAUCAGCCUGUCUUAAGUAGUUUCUUCUUUAGGUAAAUUUAAAAAUAAUAAAAAUCCGAUGUGUUCAGGAAGGAGCUCAGUGUGAGGCCUAUGGAGGUUACCUCCUGGAAAUGCAAAAUCGCGGAAAGAGAUGUUUCACUAUGCUCUCACCUUAGAAUAUUGACAAGCACAAGGCUGCCUUUGUAAAGGUUCUUCCAGACAGAGGCAUGCAUCCAUUCUUUUGUAGGAUUUCUAAGUAGGUACUUUGAAUAAACAACGGCCACCGUUAAUAGUUGAUCUUACAAGAUUCUGCAUACUUCACCAUGACCAAACUUCUCCACACGGAUGGUAACCUUCAUCCAUUCAGCAGGGGACACCAGGGUGUAGCUUUCCCUCCUCUGUCAUUGGACAGCUACAGAUUCAGGCCAGCUCAGACGGGUCCCAGAAGGGUUUCAGGGUCUCCGUCUUCUCCUUCCUGGGCAUGGAACUGGCAUUGGGCUCUGAGACCAGUAGUGGCAUCCCAGGGAACUCCCUCUGCCCCCCAUGCAUGCUUGUCCAUCUAGCUGGGCAUCUUGAUCAGAUUUCUGCUUGGUUUUCUGCCAGGCCUAGAGCCUGAUCCUGAAUCCUGGUUCCAGUGACUUUGAAAAGCUGCCUGGGCUUUAUCAGCCUCUCUCCCCAGGUGACUGGGAUGCCGAUGAGGAUGGGAUCCCUCUUGGACCUGACAGAAACCUACCUCCCUGACUAUAACAGCCUUGUUCCUGGGCCCCACCCAAACUUGGUGGCCCUGGGUAAACCCAGGUUUACAGGCUGUGUUCAUUGUUCUUCUGUUCACCUUUCUCCUUCUACGCCCUACUUUCCUCUGCUGCCCCUUCCUGCUCCCAGUUUCAUCUGGAAGACAGGCCACUGAAACCCAGCAUUUGUGUUCAAGGAAGAAAAUGUAUCCAAGUCACAAAGAAGUAUAAUUUGACUUUUGGAGACAUGGGCAGCUUCAUUUCUCAUUUGUUCAUUCAAAACUCUCCACUGGGCUUCUAAGUACCACACCCUGUCCAGAAUGAUGAAAGAUACAGAAAAUGGUCCCUGCUGACCUUCUGCAGUUACUGACUAGUGAGAAAGUGAUUCCUGAGAGAAUCGUCAUUUUUGGUAAACAAACCAAGCCCAGAACCUGAUAAGUGUGGACCAUCCUACGCUGACAGUUCUUUGAAACAAAUUUCCUCUUGGCGUUUACACUGUGGCUUUAACUUGCAAACCAGAGGUUCCUCUUACCCAGCAAAAAAUGGCUUGCCCGAAGAUGAGAUUGAUGUAUAUUUGCAUUGUGGUUCUGGGGGCUCUUUGUUUGUAUGUUAGCAUGUACAGUCUGAAUCCUUUCAAAGAGCAUCCCUUUGUUUACAAGAAAGAGUACAGGAACUUCCUUAAGCUCCCAGAUACAGACUGCGGGCAGACACCCCCCUUCCUUGUCCUGCUGGUGACCUCGUCUCACAGACAGUCAGCUGCGCGCAUGGCCAUCCGGCAGACGUGGGGGAAAGAGAGGACGGUGAACGGAAGGCAGGUGAAGACAUUCUUCCUCCUGGGGACCACCAGCAGUGUGGUGGAAAUGAAAGAGGUGGACCAGGAGAGCCAGCGGCAUGGGGACAUUAUCCAGAAGGACUUCACAGAUGCCUAUUACAACUUGACCCUGAAGACCAUGAUGGGCAUGGAAUGGGUGCAUCACUUUUGUCCUCAGGCGGCGUUUGUGAUGAAAACAGACUCAGACAUGUUCAUCAAUGUCUACUAUCUGAUCGAACUGCUUCUGAAGAAAAACAGAACAACCAGGUUUUUCACUGGCUACUUGAAACUCAGCGAGCUUCCCAUCAGAAAGCCAUUCAGUAAGUGGUUUGUCAGUAAAUCUGAAUAUCCGUGGGACAGGUACCCGCCAUUCUGCUCCGGCACGGGCUACGUGUUUUCUGGCGACGUGGCGAGUCAGGUGUACAAUGUCUCCAAGAGUGUCCCAUUCAUUAAACUGGAAGACGUGUUCGUGGGGCUCUGCCUGGAAAGGCUGAACAUCAGGCUGGAGGAGCUCCACUCCCAGCAGACCUUUUUCCCAGAGGGCUUGCGCUUCUCCGUGUGCCACUUCCGGAGAAUCGUGGCCUGCCACUUCAUCAAGCCUGGGAAUCUCCUGGACCACUGGCAGGCCCUAGAGAAUUCCCGGGAGGAAGAUUGUCCGGCUGUCUGAGGCGAGCCCAGAGACACAUCUGGACAAGUUUCAGAUAACCUGUGGGGAUACUUUUUGCAAGAUUUUGGAAGAAGGAGCGGGACAGAGGGUGCUGUUUUUUAGUGCUGAAAUCCACGCCAGAAUGUUGGUGUUCGUGAAGCCACUGAGUAGUUCCCACUUGGUGUCCCAGGCAAUAAUAGACUCUGUCUCUUGGGCACACACUCUACAUACUGUCUGACACAGACCUGCAUUUCUGCAUUUCAGGGGCCAGUAUCCUAUGACAUGAUGGGUAUUACCAUCCGAAUUUUACAGGUAAGGAAACAGCUGCUGAGAGGUACAGAAACUUGUCCCAAAGCUCACAGCCAGCAAACAUAAGAGCAAGAAUGAAAAUCGAGCACUGUUAGAAUCUGACUUGGACCACUCCCACAUGCUGCCUCCCUCAGGAGGGGACAGUGAUGAUGAGACCUCUAAGCCAGCAUCCUUCUGUCCCUGUCCAGAGUCCACUGCACCUCAGCUCCCAAUCCUUGUGCUUUUUAGAGCUAAGCCUGGGAUGACGAGACCCCUCCCAGCUCCCUGAUUCAUGGCACUGGAUGUAGCUGGGCACCAAGUCUGUGUUAUGGACUCAGUACUCAACGCAACCCAAAUUUCAUCCCAGGAAAUGUCCCCACAGUGGAUGCAGCUCACAUACUGAGGAAAACGCCAAGCUCUGGGCAGUACAGCGUUCCUGAAAAUGUAUAAAUUAGGCUCAAAACCACUGCAGUCUGGCCUGCCGUACAGACUGCCCACACUGCUGACCUUCUUAGCGAGCGAGAUGUUUCUUCUGAGCCAUCUGCUGCACUCUGGUUUCUUCACCCCAGCUGUCCCUUGAUUUCAAUCAAUAGGGACCAGCUGUGGCCCCAGGAACACUGUAGGGCUCUCAGUUCAAACGGAAGCGCAGUUGGACUCAGACAUGGUUCAUGCGGGACUCUGGGAGCCUUCUGGGAAUUCAGCUGGAUUUACGUCAAGAUGCUCUCAAGGACCCUUCGGACACAAAGCCCCAAAGAGGGCCCUGGUGAAGCGGGGUCGUUGUGUGUCUGCUUCCCAGGCCUGACCCAAGCUCAUCUUCACUGAGUUUCUCAUUUGGCCAAGGAACAACUGAACUUUGCGGUUUGUUGUUUCGCCUGCAGUUUACUCUGCUGCCUCCCGCCCAGAGGCUCACGCGAGCCUGUCCUGCAGGGUUAUGUGAAACUAAGGCACUUCUUUGCAAGAGGUUUUGCCCAUUCAGCCACAGUCACGUGACAUGCAAAGCAAUCUUGCUGCUCAUUAUAGAAAUGAUUGUUUUAUUUUUUUAUUUUUUACUUUACCAGAUAUUACUGUGUACUCAGAGAAGAGGCCUCACAUGGCUGUGUCACAUAUAAAUGUUGGACUAAACUCUUA